AUGAGCGGAAUACCAUCUCUGAACUCAUCGAUAACCUCAGCAUGGUCCACAUCCUCCAAUUCAAACGCAUCGACCAUACCAAAGAAGAGGGUAAAACGAUCUUUGGGUCUCAACAAUAAUCCUUCUUCCAACGCCCUGGCUUCAGGAUCGUCUUCCAACGCACCAUCACCUUCUUCCCAAGCCAACAAUCAGCCCCAGACUCAAGGUGAAUCCUCUACUCAGGUUCAGAAUGAAGACAAGACAUCUACACCGGUAGUAAGGAGAAAACGACCCAAGCCAGAUCCAGAAUCGAUAGCGGCUAAAUAUGCACCACCCGACUUGAAAUUAUCUUUAUUAGGUGGAUUACAAUCUCAGAUAACUCAACUGAUGGAAAUUGUCGUUCUGCCUUUAUUGCAUCCUGAAAUAUAUCAGUAUACCGGUGUACCUCGUCCCAGAGGUGUUUUGCUACAUGGUGUACCGGGAGGUGGGAAGACUCAGUUGGUAAAGUGUUUAGCUGGAGAGCUAGGCCUCCCUUUUAUAAACGUCUCCUCCCCAUCAAUCGUCUCAGGAAUGUCAGGUGAAUCGGAGAAGACUCUUCGAGAUACGUUCGAUGAGGCAAAGAAAAUUGCACCUUGUCUGUUAUUUCUCGAUGAAGUUGAUGCGAUAACGCCAAAGAGGGAGACAGCUCAGAGGGAGAUGGAAAGGAGGAUCGUCGCACAAUUGUUGACUUGUAUGGAUGACCUCGCAUCAUCAGAAGAACCAGUCGUCAUAAUAGGAGCUACCAACCGACCAGACUCUCUUGAUCCAGCAUUACGUAGAGCAGGUAGAUUCGACCAUGAGAUCGAGAUGGGUGUGCCGAGUCAAGAGGGCAGAGAGGAGAUCCUCCGUGUACUGUGUUCGAACCUUCGGUUAUCGGGCGACGUAGAUUUCCGACUAUUAGCCAAAUCUACUCCUGGGUAUAUUGGUGCAGAUCUCACUGCAUUGACUACAGAGGCAGGUGUGAUAGCUGUCAAGAGGAUAUUCGAAGAGAUGAGCUCGACUCCAAAUCCAGUACCCGUAUCAGAACAUAUUCAGGAAACAGAGAUCAAUGGCGAUCAUGAGAUACUACCUCCGCCAAGCGUAUCGGAUGGAGUUGAAAAUAUGAUAAUCGACGACGUAAACCCCAUUGCUAUACCUACUUCUACUCCUGCUAAUAUUACGCCAACCUCAACAUCCACUUCAUUAGCAUUUUCAACACUUUCUUCCGAUCUGAAAGAAACAGCCAUCGCUAAGUUUCUUAUCUCUCAUCCAUCACCACUUACAAGUUCAGAAUUGCAAUCACUCCAUCUAACUUCAGAAGAUUUCAAGAAAGCACUCAAGGUGGUCCAACCAAGUUCGAAACGAGAGGGAUUCGCCACUAUCCCUGAUGUGAGCUGGAAUGAUAUCGGUGCAUUGACGACGAUCCGUGAUGAAUUGCAUAUGGCGAUCGUCCAACCUAUACGACAUCCCGAAUUAUUCAGCGUAGUGGGGAUUGACGCUCCUUCCGGUGUGCUUCUUUGGGGACCACCUGGUUGUGGUAAGACGUUAUUGGCCAAGGCGGUCGCCAAUGAGAGUAGGGCGAAUUUCAUUAGUGUCAAAGGGCCCGAGUUGUUGAACAAGUAUGUCGGUGAAAGUGAAAAGGCGGUCAGACAAGUAUUCAUGCGUGCUAGAGCAUCUUCACCUUGUGUCAUAUUUUUCGAUGAGCUGGAUGCUUUGGUACCUAGGCGAGAUGAUUCUAUGUCCGAAUCAUCCGCUCGAGUAGUCAACACCCUCUUGACAGAACUUGAUGGACUCGACUCCCGAAAGGCAGUCUACGUGAUUGGAGCGACCAAUCGUCCAGAUAUGAUCGAUCCAGCAAUGGUCCGUCCAGGUCGAUUAGAUAAAUUACUUUACGUCGAUCUACCAUCUCCUGAAGAACGUUUCGAGAUUCUCAGAACUCAUACAUCACGAAACAAAACUCCUAUAUCUCCUGAAGCGUGGAAUGGGAUCAGGGAUAUUGUCUUGUCGGAUAAAUGUGAUGGGUUCUCUGGAGCGGAUGUUUCGAAUCUACUUAGAGAAGCUUCUACCCUCGCUCUUAGGAAUACACUAGAAUCGCUAGGUGCGUUUGAGGUUAAUCCUGAAAAUGAUCCUUUGUCGGGAGAUAGGGAGAUGGAAGAGAAGAAGAAUAAGAAAGCACAAGUGAUUGUAACUCAAGAUCACUUUGUCAAAGCUUCAUUGAAAACUCAACCUUCUGUUAGUAAAGAGCAGAGAUUGAAAUAUGAGAGGAUGAGAGAUAAGUAUGCGGGUGUACCAACCAAAGGAAAACGAUCGAGAGAAGGUGGAUUGGUAGAUAGAGAGGAUGAAAGGAAGUUCAGUAAGAAGGAUGAGGGAGAGGGAGAAGGGCAGAUGGAUGUGGCGUAG